AUGAAUCUGACUUCUGGGUCUGAUCCGGCCCACUUCUUCCCUGACAAACCUUCUGGUGGCUCUUUCCAGCAAUGGUCCAGGUACUGGAAUUUGCAUAACAUUAGUAUUUUGUCAAGAAAAGGAGGAAACAAUUCUGAGUCCGCACUUAACAUGACCUUCCAGCUGCCUGAAGAGGAAUUUGAUCCACUGGGAGGUCACACUGUGUGGCAGGUCAUCAUCAUCGUCUUCCUCACCGGUUCCCUUUCUUUCGUCACUGUUGUUGGCAACAUCCUGGUUUUAAUGUCCUUCAAGGUAAAUAAGAGUCUGAAGACGGUUAACAACUACUACCUGCUCAGUCUGGCCUUCGCUGACCUGACUAUCGGCACUUUGUCAAUGAAUCUCUAUACUACCUACAUCAUCAUGGGCCAGUGGGCUCUGGGGCCAGUGGUUUGUGACUUGUGGCUUGCAAUAGACUAUGUGGCCAGUAACGCCUCCGUCAUGAACCUGCUCGUCAUCAGCUUUGACAGGUAUUUUUCUGUGACCAGACCUUUGACCUAUCGGGCCAAACGAACAACCAAGCGAGCCAUGACCAUGAUUGGACUAGCCUGGUCCAUCUCUUUCAUUCUCUGGGCCCCGGCCAUACUGUUCUGGCAGUACAUUGUGGGUGAGCGCACGGUCCAGCCAAAUGAGUGCUAUAUCCAGUUCUUGUCCGAGCCCAUAAUUACCUUCUGCACUGCUAUUGCUGCAUUCUACUUACCAGUGAGUAUCAUGGCCAUUUUGUUUUGGAAGAUCUACCAGGAAACAGAGAAGAGAGCUAAAGAUAUACAAAGUCUCAAGGGAUCUGGGUCAGGCACCAACCCGAGUCAGGCUCAGAACCUGGACAAUGGCGGUGGAAAAGAUGCAGCUGGCAGCCAGAGGAUGUCAUUGAUCAUGCUGCGCCAGAUGAGCUCCCAAAGCGCCAGCAGUAGUGAAAUCUGUUUGUCUUCUCCAGAGAGAAACAGGAACAAUAAUUCCAAUUCACCAGGAGUGGAUAACCAGAAGUGCUGUAGAACGCUAUGUUUUCAAUUCUCAGCCUUCUGGACUCGUUACCCUGCAUCAAACAGAUCCUGCAACACAACAACAAGUACAGUAGAGGAGGCGGAGUGCAGCAGCGUUAACGGUGACAUGGCUGCUGCUUCAGAGGUGAAGAAGAACAGCCAAAAUUAUGAAAGCGUCAAAGUUCAGAAAGGCUCAGAUGGACUUACUCCCUCAUCUUCUCUUGACCAGUCAGUUGCUAAGGCAACCAGAGAUGCUGUGCUUGUCAAACGCUUUGCCACUAAAGCAAAAAUGGAGAUCAAUAAGCGUAAAAAUGAAAAAAAAGCAAAUGAAAAGAAAGCAGCAAGAACUCUGAGCGCUAUUCUGUUUGCAUUCAUAACCACGUGGCUGCCAUACAACAUCAUGGUGUUGGUCAACACUUUCUGUCAGGACUGUAUUCCAGAAUCUCUGUGGGCUCUGGGGUACUGGCUGUGUUAUGUUAACAGCACAGUGAACCCCAUGUGCUAUGCUCUGUGUAACAAGACCUUCCGGACAACCUUUAGGGAUAUAUUAAUAUGCCAGUGGAAUCAAAACAGGAACAAGCCCAAUUUUAAUCAAAGGCAAGCUGUUAGCUCCCGAAAGGAGCCUAGAUAG